AUGCCUCUUUAUGAGUUAUACCGUUUGGCUAGAGAUAAGCUUGGUAAUGAGAGUAACAGCACAAGUGUAGCUGAUCAACCUUCCUCACCUGAGAAUGAUUUUUUUGAGCUGGUUUGGGAGAGUGGUCAGAUUUCGAGCCAAGAUCAAUCAAGUAGAGGUAGAAAGAGUAGUCCACCUUGCAGGAGUUUGCCGUCUCACUGUUUACCGUCUCAUAGCCCGAGAGGUCGAGAUAAAGACGUUGGAGGAGGUUACGGUAACAAUCUGAAGAUAGGAAAGUUUGGUGAUUUAGAGUCUGGGUUGAAUGAGAUUCCGAUAUCGGUGCCAUCACGCGAAGUUGAUGAAAUGAUGCCUUGGUUGGAUUAUUCGAUGGAUGGUUCUUUGCAAACUGAUUAUGGUUCUGAUUUCUUACAUGAACUACAUAACGACAUCCCUGCAUCGAAUAGUUUUACUCUAUUUGAUAAAAGGAGUAAUGGAAAUCAGGUAUUUAGGGACUCGAAUAAAAAUUCUGCGGAACCGAUGAAUGUUUCUAAGGGUUCUUCAGCUGAACAGGUUGAGACUGCGAGAAAUAAAGCCAGCACAAAUCAGUUAUAUCCACCAGCAUCGAAUCAAUGUCAAGCAUCAUUUGUAACUGUUAGAUCCAGGGAAUCGGAUAUAACUGAAAACAAUAACGCAAGUAAUGGUAACCAGGACGUGCCUUACGGUGAAAUUACUCGCAUUCCAUCUUCCUCGAGUGAUUUUUCCAGCUUAAAGGCGCAGAAGCAAGAUCCUAAAAUCCCCGGCAAUGGUUCCAAUGUAAUGAAUUUUUCCCAUUUCGCAAGGCCUGCUGCUAUUGUGAGAGCUAAUCUUCAGAACAUUGGGUUGAAGUCGGGUUUGAUUUCACCUUCGGCAAGAUCGGAUAGUAUGGGAAUUAAGAAUAGAGGUGAAGCUUCAACUAGCAGCAAUCCUCCUGAAUCAACUCUUGUUAAUUCAAGCGGUGAGUGUUCGAAGGAACCAGAGAUUCGCUGUCAGAAGGUGGCGGUGCAAUCCAAGGCUGAUUUGAAACCUUUGCAGACGAAAUCUCUUGAAACGAAUGUCGUAGCUUCUAAACAAUCUGAGCCUAUUUGCAAAGAGAGUGGAAUUAAAAAAGAUCAACUUUCCAAUCAAGUUCUUGGCGACGGUGGUGCUAAAGUACAAACAGCUGCUGAAAAAGGUCUAGAAACGGCAGUAGCUUCUUCCUCUAUUUGCUCUGGCAACGGUGCAGACAGAGGCUCGGAUGAUCCAAAUCGAGAUUUGAAACGGAAAAAUAGAGACACUGAUGACUCUGAAUGCCAUAGUGAAGAUGUUGAGGAUGAAUCAGCUGGUGUUAAGAAGGGAACUUCCGGACGAGGAGUUGCAGGUUCCAAAAGAAGCCGUGCUGCUGAAGUGCAUAAUCUAUCUGAAAGGAGACGAAGAGACAGGAUAAACGAGAAGAUGCGUGCAUUACAAGAACUCAUACCUAACUGCAAUAAGGUGGAUAAAGCUUCUAUGCUUGAUGAGGCAAUUGAGUAUCUAAAAACACUUCAGCUCCAAGUUCAAAUGAUGUCAAUGGGUGCUGGUUUAUAUAUGCCUCAAAUGAUGUUACCUCCCGGAAUGCAGCACAUGCAUGCACCGCACAUGGCUGCGUUUUCACCUAUGAGCAUUGGCAUGCAUAUGGGGUUAGGUAUGGGUUAUGGAAUGGGAAUACCUGACAUGAACGGCGGACCAUCUAGAUUUCCAAUGAUGCCUCAGAUGCAAGGAACUCAUAUCACUAUGUCUGGACCUUCUGCUAUACAUGGGAUGGCCAGAUCGAAUCCUCAAGGGUUUGGGCUUCCAGGUCAGGGAAUUUCCAUGCCAAUGCCGCGAGCUCCUGUGUUUCCUUUUUCAGGAGGGCCUGUUUUGAACUCAUCAGCUCCUGGUCCAUCUGCAUAUGGAUCCACAGGACCUGUUGAAACCGUGAGUCCGGCUUCAGUGUCUGGCUCAAAAGAUCCAAUGCGGAAUGUGGACUCUCAAAUUAAACAAAGCAUAGAUGGCCGUGACCCUACAAACCAGAUUCCUAAUCAGUCGGCUUUGGCGCAUAAUGGCGGUCAUCCCUUGGUGGCCGAUGACAGUGGAGCUGCUAAUCCUGGAAAUAUCACUUUGUGA